UCUGCCCUGUAUCGUGGCCGUUGUUUCUUCGGUCAAGACACUCAAAGUGAAGUAAAACUAAGGAUCUGAGAAACAGAGUUACACUGAGAGGAUGGGAAAUUAUCUCCUGAGAGAACUCAGUUGCCUGAAAGACAAUCAAAAUCAGCUUGAGAAGGUAAACCCAGAAGUGAAGAGAAAACGGCAGGAAAUGACUACAUCUGAGAAAGAAAAUCAAGGUCAAGAUAAGAAAAGUAAAGAUGAUGCAUCCAUUUCUAAUCAGGAAAAUGAGAAUGGCAGUGGAUCUGAAGAAGUGUGCUACACUGUCAUUAGUCACAGGCCCUAUCGGAGACCCUCCCUGAGCUCCAAUGAUGAUGGUUAUGAGAACGUCACAAAGAGAGUGAGACCAUUAAGAGGAGGGUCUGAAACAGAAUAUGCCCUUCUCAGGACGACUUACACUCCUAGUUUUUCUUCCUAUACCCCUGAGAAUGAUUAUGAACUUGUGCUUCCUCACUAGAACCCUCAAGCCUCAUCAUCCUCCAGUAACAAAGAUUAUACAGAAGAGUUGCCUCCAAGGGAGAUUUUCAAAUUCAUAAUUUCAUGAAACAUUAAUUUAUGGACAGAUUUUAGACAUGAGAUCUUUUUACUAUAUUGCCUUAAGAAACUCCAAAACCAUGUCAUAUCUGUGGUUUGGGUAAGCCAUAUUAAUUGACAUAAUGACAUAGAGUAUUUGACAUUUUUGGAUUUAUAAUGUUUUGUGGGGGAAACCUUCCUAAGACAAUAAACAUCUACAGAUAUAUUACCUAGAAUAUUCAAUUCCAGUCCUGCUUUCCAAAUAUCAAAGCAUUCAUACUCCUAAUGUAAUCUGCUCAACACUGGAGGUUUAAUCUAUUCAACAAACUUUAAAAAUAUAAGACCAGU